AAACAUUAAAAAAAAUUCUGAUGAAUUAUCUUUCGAUAAUAUUUCUUCUGAGUGACCAUUGGCUAUGUGAGUUGACUCAGUGAGAUCAUACAGGCAAUAAACAUGUGACUAGGUGCUAUCUGUACUCCAAGGAUGAGCUCUCCAUUUUCCCACAUGCUAAAUUGCACAGCUUUCUCUUUGUAAUCUAGGGCUCCUGUUUGGAAUACCAUAUUCUUUCUAAAAGUGUAAAAGAUUGGUACAUUUAAUUACGUUACGUAAAAUUGUAAUUUUACUUUAAAAAACUUAAUGUGACAUAAAAUUAUAGCCAUGAACACAUAUACAUACAUGUGGGCUAUUUUCAACUUUUAAAAAAUACCAUUUUUUUAGGGCUUGCUACUCUUUUCCCCUCUCCCCUCUCCCUUCUGCCACCUUCCUUCUCCCUCCUCAUUGUUUUUAGGCAGAUUGGUGCUGCCUGACAGGCAGUCAGUAUUAAGAACAUAAUGCUGGAGUCAGGGGGACCUGGGUUUGACACCCAGCUCCGUCACACCUUCUUUGACUUUAAACAAAUGGUAUUACCUCUUUUUAAAAAAAAUGUUUAUUUAUAUUGAGAGAGAGAGAGCGAGCGGGGGAGGGAGGGAGGGAGUGGCAGAGAGAGAGGAAGAGAGAGAAUCCCAAGCAGGCUCUGUGCUGACGGCCGGGCUCAAUCUCAAGAACCCCCAAGAACUGGGAGAUCAUGACCUGAGCCGAAUCAAGGGUCAGAUGGUUAACUGACUGAGCCACUUAGGUGCCUCUGUAUUAACCUCUUCUUGGUUGUAAAAUAGGUAUUAUAGAACAUCUUCCUUUUUAAGAAUGCUAUCUUCUUCAUACUGUGUGCCUCUUUUUUUUUUUUUAAUGAAUAUUCCCUUUAUUAUGUUAAAAUGAUGAUUAACUUAAUGCGGUCAUAUGCUGUUGAAAGGUGUGGCCUCCUCUUAGGAGGUGGGAAUGCAUAGUCAGUGACAGUCAUUUGGGGAAGCCCAUCCUGAGAGAGGAAACAGAAUCUCAGUGGGAGGUCUCUGGUGGACAGAAAGUUUAUGCUGGUCCUUGUGAAGCUGGUUUUGAGGGUACUGUUAGGUAUUGGUUAAAGACUGUGUCCCUCCCGGUCCUGGGUAGGCAGAUCAUAUAGUUUUAAUGUUGCUUUUGGUUCAGUCUCUCUUGUUACCCCAUAGUCUUGAGGUAAGUUUUACACAGGGAUAUUAGGAAACCUGCAUUGCCCUCAGGGGUAUUAGGGAAGGGGGUUCUAGGCUCCUUUUAUACUGGAGAGUGGUCAUUGCAGCAUUAAUUAGGGAGAAAAGCCUAGGAGAAGGUGAAUUUCUGAGGAGUUCACAGUCCUAUUUCCUCUUCCUAAGUGGAUUUGUUUCCCCUACUGCUAAUAGUUGCAGGGUAUAUAUUUUAUUAAGGAAGGUAGACAUUUCCUCUUAGAUUGGUUUAUUGUGAAAAAUAAACUGACAAUGUACAGAAAUCAUCUAUUAUUCUGAUGUACACAAUAGGCUUCAGUAACAUUCUCAUUUCAAGGAGAAUGAAGGAAAGCAUUGCAGGCAAAGGUUAUCCAUUUUGUGGGAGAAAAACAAUUAAAAUUCUUACUAAUUGUGUUUUAGGGCCUUUUAUUUUGGGAAGACUGAUUGGUUGUCAGGAUGGCAUGUUCUAGUCUUGGUUGAGAUUCAUCUCCGAGUCUUUUAUGUCUAUUUCAGAAAGAUGAAUUUCUGACCGGUAAUUUAUUUUUCCUUUUCUCUCCUGUAAUUCCUUAAAAACCGUAUCAUGUGUGGACUUGGGGGCUGAGCUCCCUAAUUAAAGCCCCAGGACUUCUGCAGGCAUGUUGUUUUAAAAAUCACUAAUCCAACAGCAGGUUGGUUUUUUUUUUUCUUUUUAAAGUUUAUGUAUUUAUUUUGAGAGACAGUAUGUGUGUGUGAGCAGGGGAGGGGCAGAGAGAGAGAAUCCCAAGUAGGAUCCGCGCUGUCAGCACAGAGCCCAACGCGAGGCUCCAACUCACAAACCGGGAGAUCGUGACCUGUGCCGAAAUCAGGAGUCAGAGGCUUAACCGACUGAGCCACCCAGGUGCCCCAGCAGGUGGAUGAAACCUUACCUUGCCCUCAAGAAGCAGUCUAGAAGGGAAGAUUACCUGUAGCGUAAGGUGAUGAUGAUAGUCCUUAUUUGCACAUGCUGUGUUCAAAUCCUUAUUUCCGGUUCCUUUGUGAGUGCUUUCCCCGGUCUGCUUUAUAUCUUUGUCAUUCCAGUGAGACUGUUCUUAGGAAGGUCGUCAGCACUUUCUGCUUGCCAGACCAGGUAGACACUGUAAUUCUCAGUAGCACUGAACGAUUUUGAGCACCCUCUCCUUCUCAGAACUGUCUCCUCUUGGAUUCUAUAGUACUUGUCUUUGCUGGUCUUCUCCUGCUUCUGGCUUUUCCCUAAGAAAUCUUACCCAUUUCUGCGGAUUUAAAUGUUAUGUUCAGGUUAGUGACUCCAAAUUGAAUAUGUUUAGUCCCCUUCCAAAUGUGAGCCAUGUACAUUCAUGUACAUGUAUGAGGCUAAUUUUUCUGGUAGGUCUGUCUCUUGGCAAGAAUACUACUCUUGGAAGAGUUACUGGUUUAUGAUAGUUGCUUUAUUGUUUUUACAUUGGCUCAGACCAUGGUGGGUGAGAAACAAAAAUGAAAGGAAUGAUCAUAUGAGAUUUAUGAAUUUGAUGGGUAGGUUAUUUUGCACCAUAUUCAUAUCCAUUGUGUUUGUGUACCUACCUGUAGCUUAGGAAUUUUUAGGCUGAUGAUAUAUCCUUUUCUAUGUAUCUAAUUAGAACUUUUUUUUUUACACUUAGGAAGAAAAGUCAUUGUUAUAAAUCUAAAUCUCUACUUGUUUAACCUGCUAUACUUUUUGAAGCAUUUUAUUAAAUUGAAUUAAAAUAACAAAAGAACAUCUUAAGAUUGAACUUCAGUUAAUUUUAAGCAACAGUUCUAGAAAACUGAAGACUUCUCUAGCAAAUUAAGUUAUAUGUGUAAUAGGCAGAAUGAGUAGUUGGAAGGAAUACUUAAAGGUUCGUUAAUUAAUGUUUCUACAUAAGUUAUGAGCUAAAUGUCACUUUAAGGGGAUCUUUAAGUUGACCUUCUUAAAAAAGAAUUUGGAAAAUGAAAAUUACUUGUUGUAGACUUUCAUUAGUUAAGAGUCAUUGUCUGCAGUGCAGGUCGAGCCUUUUAAACGAAGAAAACAGAGGCUACCUGAAGUAUAUAUAGAAGUUCUUCAGUUAACUUAUAACUUACUCUUCUGUGGUCUGGAUGUUAUUUUUAGCACCAUCGGCUUAACAACUGGGAAAGAAUUUUACCUUACAUCGUUCAAAUUCUAUACGUAUUAUUUAUGUUAAGAUUUUUACAACACAUCAAAUUUGGGAUUUUAAUAUUGUAGUAUUUUGUUAAAAAAUAUAUGGAAGCUAUGUUUUAGGAUACUUCUUUUUGAGAUUUCUUUUUCUUUUCCUUUUUUUUAUUUUUUAGGUUUGUGUUGUUUUGUUUUUUAAAUUUAAGUAAUCUCUACACCCAACCUGGGGCUUGAACUCACAACCCCGAGAUCAAGAGUUGCGUGUUCUUCUAACUGAGCCAGCCAGGUGCCUCAGGAUACUUUUAUAUUAUAUUUCUCUCGGAUUUGGCUACAAAUUUAUAGAUCUUCUGCACUGUGUACAGGCACAGAGUUGUGACCUGAAGAAAUGACUGGAGGGAGACUGAGCAUCUCAGAGUACACGGAGGGAAGGCUGGCGGUUUGAUGGUUGCUGAUAUGUGUUCAAGAUGAGUGGGAUGGGAGAAAAUACCUCUGACCCAUCCAGGGCAGAGACAAGAAAGCGCAAGGAAUGUCCUGACCAGCUUGGACCCAGCCCCAAGAGGAGCACUGAGAAGCGUAAUCGUGAACAGGAAAAUAAAUACAUUGAAGAACUCGCAGAGCUGAUUUUUGCAAAUUUUAAUGAUAUAGACAACUUCAACUUCAAACCUGACAAAUGUGCAAUCUUAAAAGAAACUGUGAAGCAAAUUCGUCAGAUCAAAGAACAAGAGAAAGCAGCAGCUGCCAACAUAGAUGAAGUACAGAAGUCAGAUGUGUCAUCAACAGGGCAGGGCGUCAUCGACAAGGAUGCGCUGGGGCCCAUGAUGCUUGAGGCCCUUGAUGGGUUCUUCUUUGUGGUGAAUCUGGAAGGCAACGUUGUAUUUGUUUCAGAAAAUGUGACACAGUACCUAAGGUAUAACCAAGAGGAGCUGAUGAACAAAAGUGUAUAUAGCAUCCUGCAUGUUGGGGACCACACUGAAUUUGUCAAAAACCUGCUGCCAAAGUCUAUAGUGAACGGGGGAUCCUGGUCUGGCGAGCCUCCCAGGCGGAACAGCCAUACCUUUAAUUGCCGGAUGCUGGUAAAACCUUUGCCUGAUUCGGAAGAGGAAGGUCACGACAACCAGGAAGCGCAUCAGAAAUAUGAAACUAUGCAGUGCUUUGCCGUCUCUCAACCAAAGUCCAUCAAAGAAGAAGGAGAAGAUUUGCAGUCCUGCUUGAUUUGUGUGGCAAGAAGAGUUCCCAUGAAGGAAAGACCAGGUCUUCCCUCAUCAGAAAGUUUUACUACUCGCCAAGAUCUCCAAGGCAAGAUCACGUCACUGGAUACCAGCACCAUGCGGGCAGCCAUGAAGCCAGGCUGGGAGGACCUGGUGAGAAGGUGCAUUCAGAAGUUCCAUGCGCAGCAUGAAGGGGAAUCUGUGUCCUAUGCUAAGAGGCAUCAUCAUGAAGUGCUGAGACAAGGAUUGGCAUUCAGUCAAAUCUAUCGUUUUUCCUUGUCCGAUGGCACUCUUGUUGCUGCACAAACGAAGAGCAAACUCAUCCGUUCUCAGACUACUAAUGAACCUCAGCUUGUAAUAUCGUUACAUAUGCUUCACAGAGAGCAGAAUGUGUGUGUAAUGAAUCCGGAUCUGACUGGACAAGCGAUGGGGAAGCCAUUGAAUCCAAUUAGCUCUAGCAGCCCUGCCCAUCAGGCCAUGUGCGGUGGGAACCCAGGUCAGGACAUGACCCUCAGUAGCAAUAUAAAUUUUCCCAUCAAUGGCCCGAAGGAGCAGAUGGGCAUGCCCGUGGGCAGGUUUGGUGGUUCUGGGGGAAUGAACCAUGUGUCGAGCAUGCAAGCAACCACUCCUCAGGGUAGUAACUAUGCACUCAAAAUGAACAGUCCCUCACAGAGCAGCCCUGGCAUGAAUCCAGGACAGCCCAACUCCAUGCUUUCACCACGGCAUCGCAUGAGCCCCGGAGUGGCUGGAAGCCCUCGAAUCCCGCCCAGUCAGUUUUCCCCCGCAGGAAGCUUGCAUUCCCCUGUGGGAGUUUGCAGCAGCACAGGAAAUAGCCAUAGCUACACCAACAGUUCCCUCAACGCACUUCAGGCCCUCAGCGAGGGGCACGGGGUCUCACUGGGGUCAUCGUUGGCUUCACCAGACCUAAAAAUGGGCAAUUUGCAAAACUCCCCCGUUAAUAUGAAUCCUCCCCCACUCAGCAAGAUGGGAAGCUUAGACUCCAAAGACUGUUUUGGACUUUACGGGGAGCCAUCUGAAGGUACCACUGGUCAAGCAGAGAGCAGCUGCCAUCCGGGAGAGCAGAAGGAAGCAAACGAUCCCAGCAUGCCCCAGGCUGUGAGCGGCGAGAGAUCUGACGGACAGAGUAGACUGCAUGACGGCAAAGGACAGACCAAACUCCUACAGCUGUUGACCACCAAAUCUGACCAGAUGGAGCCUUCGCCCUUAUCCAGCUCUUUGUCGGACACAAACAAGGACUCCACGGGCAGCUUGCCUGGUUCUGGGUCGACACAUGGAACCUCGCUCAAGGAGAAGCAUAAGAUUUUGCACAGACUCUUGCAGGACAGCAGUUCCCCUGUGGACUUGGCCAAGUUAACGGCAGAAGCCACAGGCAAAGAACUGAGCCAGGAGGCCGGCAACACAGCCCCUGGUUCAGAAGUGACUAUUAAACAAGAGCCCGUGAGCCCCAAGAAGAAAGAGAAUGCACUACUUCGCUACUUGCUAGAUAAAGACGAUACUAAAGAUAUUGGUUUACCAGAAAUAACCCCCAAACUUGAGCGACUGGACAGUAAGACAGACCCUGCCAGUAACACAAAAUUAAUAGCUAUGAAAACUGAGAAGGAGGAGAUGAGCUUUGAGCCUAGCGACCAGCCUGGCAGUGAGCUGGACAACCUGGAAGAGAUUUUGGAUGAUUUGCAGAAUAGUCAAUUACCACAGCUUUUCCCAGACACGAGGCCCGGCGCCCCUGCUGGAUCAGUUGACAAGCAAGCCAUCAUCAAUGACCUCAUGCAACUCACAGCUGAAAACAGUCCUGUUACACCUGUUGGAGCCCAGAAAACAGCAUUGCGAAUUUCACAGAGCACUUUUAAUAACCCACGACCAGGGCAACUGGGCAGGUUAUUGCCAAACCAGAACUUACCACUUGACAUCACAUUGCAAAGCCCAACUGGUGCUGGACCUUUCCCACCAAUCAGAAACAAUAGUCCCUACUCAGUGAUACCUCAGCCAGGAAUGAUGGGUAAUCAAGGGAUGAUAGGAAACCAAGGAAAUUUAGGGAACAGUAGCACAGGAAUGAUUGGUAGUAAUGCUUCCCGGCCCACUAUGCCAUCUGGGGAGUGGGCCCCACAGAGUUCUGCUGUGAGAGUCACCUGUGCUGCUACCACCGGUGCCCUGAACCGGCCAAUCCAAGGAGGUAUGAUUCGGAACCCAACAGCCAGCAUCCCCAUGAGACCCAACAGCCAACCUGGCCAAAGACAGAUGCUUCAGUCUCAGGUCAUGAAUAUAGGGCCAUCUGAAUUAGAGAUGAAUAUGGGGGGACCGCAGUAUAGCCAACAACAAGCUCCCCCAAAUCAGACUGCCCCAUGGCCUGAAAGCAUCCUGCCUAUAGACCAGGCAUCUUUCGCCAGCCAAAACAGGCAGCCAUUCGGCAGCUCUCCGGAUGACCUGCUGUGCCCACAUCCUGCAGCAGAGUCGCCCAGUGAUGAAGGCGCUCUCCUGGACCAGCUGUAUUUAGCCUUGCGGAAUUUCGAUGGCCUGGAGGAGAUUGACCGAGCCCUCGGAAUACCCGAACUGGUCAGCCAGAGCCAAGCAGUCGAUCCGGAACAGUUCUCCAGUCAGGAAUCCAACAUCAUGCUGGAGCAGAAGACCCCGGUUUUCCCACAGCAGUAUGCAUCUCAGGCCCAGAUGGCCCAGGGAAGCUAUAACCCCAUGCAGGAUCCGAACUUCCAUACCAUGGGACAGCGGCCCAGCUACGCCACACUCCGCAUGCAGCCCAGACCCGGCCUCAGGCCCACAGGCCUGGUGCAGAACCAGCCAAACCAGCUGCGACUCCAGCUGCAGCAUCGCCUCCAGGCACAGCAGAAUCGCCAGCCACUUAUGAAUCAAAUCAGCAAUGUUUCAAAUGUGAACUUGACCCUGAGGCCUGGAGUACCAACACAGGCACCUAUUAAUGCACAGAUGCUGGCCCAAAGACAAAGGGAAAUCCUGAACCAGCACCUUCGACAGAGACAAAUGCAUCAGCAACAGCAAGUUCAGCAGCGAACACUGAUGAUGAGAGGACAAGGGCUGAGCAUGACAUCGAGCAUGGUGGCUCCUGGUGGCUUACCAGCAACUCUGAGCAACCCCCGGGUCCCCCAGGCAAAUGCACAGCAGUUUCCAUUUCCUCCAAACUACGGAAUAAGUCAGCAACCUGAUCCAGGCUUUACUGGGGCCACAACACCCCAGAGCCCUCUGAUGUCACCCAGAAUGGCACAUACCCAGAGCCCCAUGAUGCAGCAGUCUCAGGCUAAUCCAGCCUACCAGGCCUCCUCUGACAUGAAUGGGUGGGCGCAAGGGAAUAUGGGUGGAAACAGCAUGUUUUCACAACAGUCCCCACCACACUUUGGGCAACAAGCAAACACCAGCAUGUACAAUAACAAUAUGAACAUCAAUGUAUCCAUGGCGACCAACACAGGUGGGAUGAGCAACAUGAACCAGAUGACAGGACAGAUCAGCAUGACCUCAGUGACCUCCGUGCCUACGUCGGGGCUGUCCUCCAUGGGUCCCGAGCAGGUUAAUGACCCUGCUCUGAGGGGAGGCAACCUUUUCCCAAACCAGCUGCCUGGAAUGGAUAUGAUUAAGCAGGAGGGAGACGCAUCACGGAAAUACUGCUGACACUGAAGGUAGCUGGUUGCUUCUCUCUUCAGCUGAUGGGGCUCACUUGCUCAAAACACUUACCGGCCUGGAGAGCUGUGUCUAUCUGUUUUGACCCAAUCGACCUGCCAGCCAGUUCUGCCAGAGCCAGGUCAGCAGAUGGGCCGGGGCCCUGGCUCCCGGGGUGGAGUCCACCUGGCUGUUGCAGGAGGAGCCGCCUCUUCUCUUGACAGUCUGAAGCUCGCGUCCAGACAGUUGCUCAGUCUGUUCACUGCAUUCACCUUAGUGCAACUUAGAUCUCUCCUGCAAAGUAAAUGUUGACAGGCAAAUUUCAUACCCAUGUCAGAUUGAAUGUAUUUAAAUGUAUGUAUUUAAGGAAAACAACCAUGCUCUUGUUCUGUUCCUGUUUGGUUCCAGACACUGGUUUCUUGCUUUGUUUUCCCUGGCUAAUCAGUCUAGUGCAAAAGAUUAAGAUUUCAUCUCGGGAAAGAAGAGAGUUAAAAAAAAAAAAAAAAAUACACACACUAAAAGGUGUUUUAACCUAAAGCCUGCAUUUGGGAUAAAAGCAGAGCAGACACCACGGACAGCGCUGUAUGUACAGAGACACCCAAGAAGUGAAGACCAGUAAAGUCAUAGUUGUAUCUUUGUAGAAGCUGUAGAGACCAUGUUGAGAAGAGUGUCCAUUACCGAACAGAGGAAAAGGAGCCUGUGAGAGGGCUGUUGAUAUUAACAAGUGCUUUUUUCUUUUUUUCUUUGUCAAAAUCAAACUAUUCCACCUAAAUUGUGAAUCAAGAAGAAAUAUUGUUCAUUUCCAAACUAAGUUCCCUUUAGAUUGAUAAGACAGCUUUGAUUAGCGUCCUCUCGUCUCCAUCCAAUCCUGACUCUUCCUUCCCCUGUCAGCCUUCCCUACUUUCGUUUUUUUUUUGUUUUUUUUUUUUUAAUUUAAACGCAACAGAAACCAGGUAAGCCCUUUAUUUCCUUAAAUGUUUUGCCAGCCACUGUCAAUUGCUAACUAUUAAAUUUCAGAAAAAAAGCAUUUACUGGCAAGGAGAGGAGCCAAGUUAGGACUUGAUACAAUCCAACUAAGGAUACCUGCUUUGAAAGCAUGUUUAUUCUGUUCCCCAGCAACACUGGCCUACAAGAACGGGAGAAAGUAACCGUGUGUUUAAAAUUGACAGCAGAUAUCACAACAGAUUUAACCUCUGCCAUGUGUUUUUUAUUUUGUUUUCUAGCAGUGCUGAUGAAGCCGAAGUUUUGUAAGGUACAUAAAAUCCAAUUUAUAUGUAAACAAGCAAUAAUUUAAGUUGAGAACUUAAGUGUUUUAAUUGUAUAAUUUUUGUGAGGUAUACAUAUUGUGGAAUUGACUCAAAAAUGAGGUACUUCAGUAUUAAAUUAGAUAUCUUCAUAGCAAUGUCUCCUAAAGGUGUUUUGUAAAGGAUAUCAAUGCCUUGAUUAGACCUAAUUUGUAGACUUAAGACUUUUUAUUUUCUAAACCUUGUGAUUCUGCUCAUAAAUCAUUUAUCUAAUGAUAUGCAGCCGCUGUAGGAACCAAUUCUUGAUUUUUAUAUGUUUAUAUUCUUUCUUAAUGAACCUUAGAAAGACUACAUGUUACUAAGCAGGCCACUUUUAUGGUUGUUUUUCUUGCCCACUCUGGUAGGGGAAUAAUCUUUUAUUAAUUGGCAUCAGUUUCAGACAACUGCAAUACCAAGAAACUGAUGACCUUUUUUGAGCUAUUUCUCCCCAACCCCUAAAACACAUACUUUCUUACCUAAAUUUCAGAAUGAUGUCUUUUUGAUGUCUAAAAAGCAAAGCAUUUUAUAUCUCAUUAGCCAGGCUUUUUAGGAACAGAGAGGUUUUUCCUUGAAAUUUAUUUGUGGCAGGGUGAAAAAUGUACAAACUACCCCUAUUUAUAUUUAUAUCUCUCUCUAUAUGUGCAAAUUAUGGAGUAUAGAAAGAGAUAUAGCCCAAAGAUAACUGGUUAAGUAGACAGUCUGAAAGUGUUGCUCCAUACUAAAGAAAUUUUUCUGGAAAUUUGCAUUUCGAUACUUUUUUCCCACUUGAGAGGGGUAUCGCUCGCUACAGGGAGGUGGCCAGGAACAGCACUUCUCAGCGGCCACCAGUUCACGUGUCCCCCUCGAAAUGCUCUACUUUUCUCAACCGAACCACUGGGUUGCCCAGUCGUGAUGGAAAAAAUGAGCAGAUGUUGGCCCGAAACUCCGUGACCUCAUCGGUGUGAUGAAGCUCACAUUACCCAGUUUACUGUGACCGGUUUUAAGUUGAUUUUUUAGAAAUAUGUGAAUUGGAAUGACUUUAUCUUCACACAGCACAGAAGAGAAAUGGAGUUUAAACUGGCUUUGUUUCAAGUCCCUUUUCACUAAAACACUGUCCCCAGAAUAUCAGUGUAUCUUUGAUUGUUUAUCCAUCUGCCCACUGUGUCUUAAUGUCAAUCCCAAUUCAGACAAAUCUGCAAACCUCUGAUACCGAUAAUUUAGAAUAAUUCACGAUCAUUACUGUUUUGAAGGAAGAGAGAUUAUAAAUUCUCUGAUGGCUCAGACCAGGUAAUGGAUUUUGCUUUACAUCUAACUGAAAAGAGAAAAGUCAGUGAAGGAAUCCUCUGAUCAUAUUGAUCACUGUAGAAGCAAAAGCCAAAUCAGUCCCCUUCAUUAUCAGUAUUUCUCAUGCUGUAAACAAUAAAUUUGUCAGACUGAGUACUUGGUUUUGUUUUAAUAGAACAAAUAAUCAGUGUUUUACUUAUAUUACUAAAUGUGAAAAACACAUAAUGUGAAAAGUAUACAUACAUUAACUUGGUUGUAAAACUCAUUUAAGUGUUCAUGUAAUGUGCUAAGUUUAAAAAGUGAAGUGAGCUGUUUUACUACAAUGAAUUCGUUUGACUCAAAGACUAAAAAUGCCCCUCCCACGUGUAUCUCUUACGGCCUGUAAUAACUGAAAGCAAUGUUUUUGCAGUUUAUAUAAUGCAAUUUUUAAUCUGUGUUUAAAAAUGGAGUUCAUAUGGGCUUAACACAUGAAAUGGGUGGCACAGAUCCACUUGCAGAACCCAAAGAUACACAAUCAAUUUUGAAAUGCAACUUAAGCCAUUAAUUGUUGGUGUGAAUUUAAAAUUUUCUAGUAUUUGUAUGGUAGUAUGCUGCCUAAGAGCAAAGCAUUCUCUGCACAAAAGAAAAUUACUGUAGUGGCUUCGAUUUUAAUUAGAAUUUUCUCCCUGGUGUUUCUUUAUAGAGGAAAACAAAAUCUUUUAAGUUUCUUACUACAGGUAAAAGCUAUGUGCAAGAACCUCAAAAUGCUAAAAUCUAGCAUAAUGCCUUAGAUCUGUUUUUAAGUCUUGUAUAUUCCUACAUAGCUGUCCAAUGUAUUAUAUUUGUAUAGUGAAUUGUGUACAAUUUUUGAAUAAGUGCAUCAUCACUUAACCUUUAUGUUGUUGAAUAGUGAUGAUGAUACAUUUCUUCAAACAUUUAACUGUCAUUUUUUGUUCCUUUGUCAUUUGUGGGUUUUAUUUGUACAGUUCCUCAUGAAGUUGCAUCUGAGAUGUGUGUAUAUGAAAAGAUUAUACAAGGGUAAAAUUAAGCAAUAUAUUAACUAUGGUUCUUCAGGAGAAAGCUUACAGUGUUUCAGGUUGUGAUUUAUUUUCAAAAUGGAGUUGACUCUGAACAUCACUUUGUUCACCUGCAUCGAUGUUUGUAUUUCUAGUGUGAGCAGUUUAUGCAAAGGUAGAUAUAUUCAGAGAAAUUUUAAAUACAUUUAUGCAAGUUAAUAUUGCUUUGCUGAUGCUAUUUGCUUAUUUGAUGUUAAAUAAUGCUAUUGUAAAUAAAGAAUUCUGUUGUUAUUGCAUCAUUUAAUAAAUUUUAAUGCCUUCGGGUUUUA